AUGUCGCUCAACGCCGAGGCGCGGCGGGCCGAGCGCGAGUGCCUCACCUUCCGGCGGCGCGCGAACUACGAGACGGUGCCGCCGCUGUCGAACGCGGACAAGCCGCGCCUCCAGCCCGUCAAGGUGGACCCCAAGGUCUUCUUCGCCAACGAGCGCACGUUCCUCGCCUGGAUCCACAUGGCCCUGCUCCUCGGCGGCAUGGCCAUCGGCAUCAUCGGCUUCGCGGCGCGGUCCGGCGUGUCGCCCGUGCCCGGUUUGGUCCUGCUGCCCGUCGCGAUCACCUUCGUCAUGCACGCGCUGCGCCAGUACUACGUCCGCGCGCGCGCCAUCCGGCGCCGCGAGCCCGGGCCCUACGAGGACAAGAACGGGCCCGUCGCCCUCGCGGUCGUCCUCGCCGUCGCGGCCGCGGGCAACGUCCUCAUCCACCUGUCGCUCCAGUAG